UGAGGCAGCAGCAGCCCCGUCUCACCCGCCGCUCUGGACCACAGACACCGAGAACCAGCCUGGUUUACCUUAGCCUCUCUCCGCCCCCUGCCUCCACGCAGGGCCACAGGGCCAGGCCCGACAUGACGGCCUGAACCGGCAGCACCUCCACCGCUCCCCCGGCCAGAGAUGCUCCAGCAGCAGCCGCGACGACCACCCUCCUCUCACCCACAACACGCAUCCCGGUCCCCGGCGGAGAGCACCCGCACCAAGAGCAUGUUCCUCUCCCGGGCGCUGGAGAAGAUCCUCUCCGACAAGGAGGUGAAGAGGAGCCAACACAACCAGCUACGGAAAGCCUGCCAGGUCGCACUCGAUGAAAUCAAGGUUGAGCUCGAGAAACAAAAAGAUGGCACAGUUGUUCCACCCAGGGCGAACUACAUCGAGGCCGAUAAGUACGUCCUGCCGUUUGAGCUGGCCUGUCAAUCAAAGUCCCCCCGGAUAGUCAGCACCUCCCUCGACUGUCUGCAGAAGCUGAUCGCCUACGGGCACAUCACAGGGAACGCCCCCGAUGGAGGGAGCCCGGGGAAGAGGCUCAUCGACCGCCUGGUGGAGACCGUGUGUAACUGCUUCCAGGGGCCCCAGACCGACGACGGGGUCCAGCUGCAGAUCAUCAAGGCCCUCCUGACGACGGUGACCUCCCCCCACAUCGAGAUCCACGAGGGCACAGUUCUGCUGACGGUGCGGACCUGCUACAACAUCUACCUGGCCAGCAGGAACCUCAUCAACCAGACCACGGCCAAGGCCACGCUCACGCAGAUGCUCAACGUCAUCUUCACGCGCAUGGAGAGCCAGGCAGCUCUGGAGGCCCAGCAGGAGCAGGAGAAGGACCGGCUCCGCCCUCCCCAGCAGCACCCCUCCCCCGUCCCAGGAGGAGGAGGAGGAGGAGGAGGAGGCGGGGGGAGGAGGUCGGGGUCGCCCCGCUCCGACCGCUCCCCCACCCCCGAGCCCGGCAGCUCUGCCUCCCCCUCCCCCGCCGCCAGCACCCCCGACCUGACCGCCGUCGACCCCGGCACCGCCACCACCCCGACCCCCACUCCCCCUCCUCCUGCCGCCCAGGCGGAAGACGUCGCCAUGGAAACGCCCUCCAUCAACGGGGAGGCUGAGCACGGUGAUGCCGCGGAGGAGGAGGAGAGAGGAGCAGCAGUAGUGGUGGAGCACGCAAUGCCCUCUACAGACUCUGUGUUUGAGGAAGAGGCCUCAGCGUCUCCCCCGAGUGACGGGACCCCCCCCAGUGAUGGGACCCCCCCCAGUGACGGGACCCCCCCCAGUGAAGGGACCCCCCCCAGUGAUGGGACCCCCCCCAGUGACCAGGCCACACCCCCGGAGGUGGGCGACGAACAGCCAGAGAACGAGAGCGCACAGUCCAGGCCCGCCACGGAGGGGGAGGAGCCUCCGACCAUGACCCCGCCCACACAGACCCACACAGGGUCGGACUCCCCGGCCCCGCCGCGUGUGGAGCACCCCGAGCCAGCGCCCCCCAGGUUCCGGGCGGACCACCACACCAACGGCAUCGUGGAGGACCGGGCCUCCGUCUCCUCCACGGACCUGCUGGACGCAGAGACCCUGCAGGGGGGCCAGUCCGCGGUGAGGUUCUCCCACAUCCUCCAGAAGGACGCCUUCCUCGUGUUCCGCUCCCUCUGCAAGCUCUCCAUGAAGCCGCUGGCCGACGGGCCCCCGGACCCCAAGUCUCACGAGCUGCGCUCCAAGGUGGUCUCCCUCCAGCUGCUGCUGUCGGUGCUGCAGGGGGCGGGGCCCGUGUUCCGCACCCACGAGAUGUUCGUCAACGCCAUCAAGCAGUACCUGUGCGUGGCGCUCUCCAAGAACGGCGUCUCCUCGGUGCCCGAGGUGUUCGAGCUGUCGCUGGCCAUCUUCCUCACCCUGCUCUCCCACUUCAAGGUCCACCUCAAGAUGCAGAUAGAGGUCUUCUUCAGGGAGAUCUUCCUGACCAUCCUGGAGACGUCCUCCAGCUCCUUCGAGCACAAGUGGAUGGUCAUCCAAACCCUCACGCGCAUCUGUGCAGACGCCCAAUGCGUGGUGGACAUCUACGUCAACUACGACUGCGACCUCAACGCGGCCAACAUCUUCGAGCGAUUGGUCAACGACCUGUCGAAGAUCGCCCAGGGCCGGAGCGGGCAGGAGCUGGGCAUCAGCCCCCUUCAGGAGCUGAGUCUGCGUAAGAAGGGUCUGGAGUGUCUGGUGUCCAUCCUCAAGUGCAUGGUGGAGUGGAGCAAAGACCUCUACGUCAACCCCAACCUGCAGGCCAACCUGGGCCAGGAGCGGUCGUCGGAGGGCGAGGGGGCGGAGCUGAAGCUGCCGGACCACCUGACGGGGCGGCGGGACAGCGUGAGCUCCCUGGACUCCAGCGUGUCGUCCAGCCUGCCCUCGGGACACCCGGACCACCCCGAGCAGUACGAGGUCAUCAAGCAGCAGAAGGACAUCAUCGAGAACGGCAUCGAGCUGUUCAACAAGAAGCCCAAGAGAGGGGUCCAGUACCUGCAGGAGCAAGGCAUGCUGGGAACGACCACCGAGGACAUCGCCCAGUUCCUCCACCACGAGGAGAGGCUGGACACGACCCAGGUGGGCGAGUUCCUGGGGGAGAACAUCAAGUUCAACAAGGAGGUGAUGUACCGCUACGUGGACCAGCUGGACUUCUGCGGCGGGGACUUCGUCUCGGCGCUCAGGGCCUUCCUCCAGGGCUUCCGGCUGCCCGGAGAGGCCCAGAAGAUCGACCGGCUCAUGGAGAAGUUCGCCGCACGCUACCUGGAGUGUAACCAAGGCCAGACCAUGUUCGCCAGCGCGGACACUGCCUACGUGCUGGCCUACUCCAUCAUCAUGCUCACCACCGACCUGCACAGCCCCCAGGUGAAGAACAAGAUGACCAAGGAGCAGUACAUCAAGAUGAACCGCGGCAUCAACGACAGCAAGGACCUCCCCGAGGAGUACCUGUCCUCCAUCUACGACGAGAUCGCCGGCAAGAAGAUCGCCCUAAAGGAGAGCAAGGAGCACACCAUCACCCCUAAGAACAGCAAGCAGAACGUGGCCAGUGAGAAGCAGCGCCGGCUCCUCUACAACGUGGAGAUGGAGCAGAUGGCCAAGACGGCCAAGGCCCUGAUGGAGGCCGUGAGCCACGCCCAGUCGCCCUUCUUCAGCGCCACGCACCUGGAGCACGUCAGGCCCAUGUUCAAGCUGGCGUGGACGCCCCUGCUGGCCGCCUUCAGCGUGGGGCUGCAGGACUGUGACGACCCCGACGUGGCCACGCUGUGUCUGGAGGGGAUCCGCUGCGCCAUCCGGAUCGCCUGCAUCUUCAGCAUGCAGCUGGAGCGUGACGCCUACGUCCAGGCCCUGGCCCGCUUCACCCUGCUGACGGCCAGCUCCAGCAUCACGGAGAUGAAGCAGAAGAACAUCGACACCAUCAAGACGCUCAUCACCGUGGCCCACACCGACGGCAACUACCUGGGCAACUCCUGGCACGAGAUCCUGCGCUGCAUCAGCCAGCUGGAGCUGGCCCAGCUGAUCGGGACGGGGGUGAAGACCCGCUACAUCUCGGGGGUGGUCCGGGACCGCGAGGCCGGGCUGAAGGGCUUCCCCGCGGGCGGCGACGACUUCAUGCCCAUGGGCCUCGGAGGCCUGGUGGGGGGGCAGGACCGGCGGCAGAUGGCCCACCUCCAGGAGUCUGUGGGAGAGACCAGCUCCCAGAGUGUGGUGGUGGCCGUGGACCGAAUCUUCACUGGGUCCACCAGACUAGAUGGAAACGCAAUCGUUGACUUUGUGCGCUGGCUGUGCGCCGUGUCCAUGGACGAGCUGGCCUCCACCCACCAGCCGCGCAUGUUCAGCCUGCAGAAGAUCGUGGAGAUCUCCUACUACAACAUGAACCGCAUCCGCCUGCAGUGGUCCCGCAUCUGGCAGGUCGUCGGAGACCACUUCAACAAGGUGGGCUGCAGUCCCAACGAGGACGUGGCCAUCUUCGCGGUGGACUCCCUGCGGCAGCUGUCCAUGAAGUUCCUGGAGAAGGGCGAGCUGGCCAACUUCCGCUUCCAGAAGGACUUCCUGCGGCCCUUCGAGCACAUCAUGAAGAAGAACCGCUCGCCCACCAUCCGGGACAUGGUGAUCCGCUGCGUGGCCCAGAUGGUCAACUCGCAGGCCGCCAACAUCCGCUCGGGCUGGAAGAACAUCUUCUCGGUGUUCCACCAGGCGGCGGGCGACCACGAGGAGUCCAUCGUGGAGCUGGCCUUCCAGACCACCGGACACAUCGUCAUGAACACCUUCCAGCAGCACUUUGCGGCCGCCAUCGACUCCUUCCAGGACGCGGUGAAGUGUCUGUCUGAGUUCGUCUGCAACGCCGCCUUCCCUGACACCUGCAUGGAGGCCAUCAGGCUCAUACGCCACUGCGCCAAAUACGUCUCGGAGCGGCCGCAGGCCCUCAGGGAGUACACCAGUGAUGACAUGAACGUCGCCCCCGGCGACCGCGUGUGGGUGCGGGGGUGGUUCCCCAUCCUGUUUGAGCUGUCCUGCAUCAUCAACCGCUGCAAGCUGGACGUCCGGACCAGGGGCCUGACGGUGAUGUUCGAGAUCAUGAAGAGCUACGGCCACACCUUCGAGAAGCACUGGUGGCACGACCUCUUCCGCAUCGUCUUCAGGAUCUUCGACAACAUGAAGCUCCCCGAGCAGCAGACAGAGAAAACGGAGUGGAUGACGACCACGUGUAACCACGCGCUGUACGCCAUCUGCGACGUGUUCACGCACUUCUACGAGCCGCUCAGCGAGGUGCUGCUGGCCGACAUCUUCAAGCAGCUGCAGUGGUGUGUCCGGCAAGAGAACGAACAGCUGGCUCGCUCGGGGACCAACUGCCUGGAGAACCUGGUGAUCGUGAACGGGGAGAAGUUCAGCCCUGACGUCUGGGACCUGACCUGCUCCUGCAUGCUGGACAUCUUCCAGACCACCAGCCCCCACGCUUUGUUGACAUGGCGACCGGCCGGACAGGAGGAGGAGUACGGAGACGCCAAGCACUCGGAGGUGGACUUUGACAGCCAGUCCCAGUGCAGCUAUGACAGAGCUCUGUCAGAGAGGGCUCACAGCCAGAUGUCCAGCGAGGACACCUGGAAGGGAAAGUCCAACACGCGAGUGAGCGACCAGAAGCUGUUUGCGGGUCUGCUCAUCCGUUGCGUGGUGCAGCUGGAGCUCAUCCAGACCAUCGACAAUAUCGUGUUCUACCCGACGACCAGCAAGAAGGAGGACGCCCAGAACAUGGCCGCCGCCCAGAGAGACACCCUGGAGGCCUGUGAGGGGGCGGGGCCUGAGGGGGCGGAGUCUGAGCAGGGCAUGUACGCCGCCCUGACCUCGCAGCACCUCUUCAAGCUGCUGGACUGCCUGCUGGAGUCCCACACCUUCGCCAAGGACUUCAACUCCAACAACGAGCAGAGGACGGCACUCUGGAGGGCCGGCUUCAAGGGGAAGUCCAAGCCCAACCUGCUGAAGCAGGAGACCAGCAGCUUGGCCUGCAGCCUGAGGAUCCUCUUCAGGAUGUACUCGGACCCCCAGCUAACCCCCUCCUGGCCCCACAUCCAGACGCGCCUGCUGCUUGUGUGUGGCGAGGCCCUGUCCUACUUCAUCAGCCUGACGUCGGAGAGCCACAGAGAGGCCUGGACCAGCCUGCUGAUGCUGCUACUGACCAGGACUCUGAGGCUACCGGACAACAAGUUCCAGCCCCACGCGUGCUGCUACUACCCCCAGCUGUGUGACAUGAUGCAGUUCGACCUGAUCCCCGAGCUGAGGGCCGUGCUGCGCCGCUUCUUCCUGCGCAUCGGCUCCGUCUUCCACAUCUCGGCACCCGAGGCCCGGGCCCUCACCCCC